AUGAAGCCGCGCAUUGGCUCCGAGUCGCGUCAAUUCCGCGAGCGACCUCAGUAGGCUGGCAGACUUCCUUCAGUAUUAUUUCUAAAGGGGAGCAGGGAAAAGUGCUAAAAAAUGUUCCCGAUGCACAACGCCGGGACGGACUGAAUGGAGUCAGCUGUCAGGGGGGAUCAUAAAUCCAUCCGCAGCCAGGGGUGACACUCACCGAGCGGCUUGUUGACUUCUCCAUAAACGUCCCAGCCCUCAGCAUCCCCAUGCCUCCAUCUCCCCUCGACGACAGAAUUGUGGUGGCGCUGCCAAGGCCGAUCCGACCUCAGGAACUCAAACUGCGCCUGGACACCAGCUACCUGGACUCCAUCACCAGCAGCAGCAGCAGCGACACAGUCAUCAGCACCACUGUGGUGAAGAUCCGGGCGACGGCCAAUCUUGUAACGUAUAUGCCCUCAUCCAAGGGUUCCACGCGCUCAUUGUCGUGUGGAUGCAGCAGUGCCAGCUGCUGUUCUGUGACUACCUAUGAGAAGGACAGCCAGAGCCUCAGCCACAGCCAGGUGAGCGCCAGCAGCCCCAACCUCAGCUAUGCUGGGCCCCCCGCUCCUAUGGUGAGCAAUCAUGAAGCACUUAGUGCCCCCAGUCUGGUCCCGGGCACUCUGAAGGCCCUAUCCAGCCUGAGGGUCAUCCACCCCCAUGAGCUGGCCAAGCGGAUGACCUGCUGCCCGUUGGGGCACCCCGUGGGGCCCGUGCCGGUCAUCAUCGACUGCAGGCCCUUCAUGGAGUACAACAAGAGCCACAUCCACGGGGCCGUGCACAUCAACUGCUCCGACAAGAUCAGCCGGCGGCGGCUGCAGCAAGGCAAGAUCACUGUGCUGGACCUCAUCUCCUGCCGAGAGGGGAAGGACUCUUUUAAGGGCAUUUUUUCCAAAGACAUUGUGGUUUAUGACGAGAAUACCACAGACCCCAGCCGGCUUACUUCCUCGCAGCCUCUGCAUGUGGUUCUGGAAUCCCUGAGGAGGGAGGGCAAGGACCCCAUUAUCCUCAAAGGAGGCCUUAGCUUUUUCAGGCAGAGCCAUGAAAACCUGUGCGAGCACUCGCUGCACCUUCACGAGGGCUUGGACGUGGGCGCAUCUGCCGGCCUGACGGGGCCUCUACCUCACUCCCUGCCAUCCACCCCGGACAUUGAGAAUGCAGAGCUGACGCCAAUCUUGCCCUUUCUCUAUCUGGGGAACGAGCACGAUGCUCAGGAAAUCCACCUGCUGCAGCGCCUGAACAUCGGCUACAUCCUGAACGUUACCACCCACCUGCCGCUCUACCACUACGACACGGGCCUCUUCAACUACAAGCGCCUGCCUGCCACUGACAGCAACAAGCAGAACCUGCGUCAAUACUUUGAGGAGGCAUUUGAAUUCAUUGAGGAAGCACACCAAGCAGGUAUGGGCCUUCUGAUCCACUGCCAGGCAGGUGUGUCGCGUUCCGCCACCAUCGUGAUCGCCUACCUGAUGAAGCACAGCUGGAUGACCAUGACGGACGCUUACAAGUUUGUCAAAACCAAGCGGCCCAUCAUCUCCCCUAACCUCAACUUUAUGGGCCAGCUGCUGGAGUUCGAGGAGGACCUCAACAACGGAAUAACGCCACGAAUCCUCACGCCAAAGCUGAUCGGUCUGGAAACUGUCGUCUAAAAUGAACCCUCGACUGCUGCACAAGCCAGUUUGAGUUCAACAAAGAUCUGAGAUGUUGCUUGAACUCACCUCAUCCUGGACCUUUUUCAGACCAGAGCCCCCGUGGGGAACGGAGUGAAGAAGAAAUGCCUACAUUUCUUACAGAGAGGACUGGGAGCCUGGAGGAAAUGACGAGUCAGGCAGAGGAGAAAACAACAAGGAAGUAUCGUUUUUAUGUGAUCAAGGAAGAUAUUUACAAAACAAACUCUUAAAAUUCACACUGUGGCGCACAGUUUGUGUAUGCAGAUUCAGGCAGGGUUGGCCACAGCAGUGCCUGUCAAAAAAACCAGUAAAGGACAUGUUUAGCGUGUGAAUCUUGUUCUAUUUUUAUACCGCGGGUUUAAGGGGAUGGCCACAACGAGCCCACGGCGGCUUACUGUGCAAUAAUUUCAGUGGAAUGCAACUGAUCUUAUAUGUGUAUAUAUCGGUAUUAACGAAAACAUUUCCAGCAUUUUGCUGAAGAACCAUUUUAAUGUUGUCCAGCUCUAUCUGUCAACGGUGCAAACAGUCAUUCUGUAAUAUUAGACGCUGAUCUGUGUGAGAAUCGGGAGGGGUUUGCUUUAAAGUGCAGCUUAUGGGAAUUUUUUUUGGCUUCAUGUUUUAUUUGUUCACUUCAGCAUCUUCGUUCUGCCAUUCCUGUGUCCACAUGUAUUUUUAGCAAUACACGUAUUACCAGGCAGCCAUAAGAGCCAUCUUUAUAUGCAUGGCUGCUGGCAGAGGGAAGCACGCUGAAAUUAUUGUUGAAUAUUGUAAAACAGGGCUACUGGUUGAUGUUUAAUGUAACACGAGGGAGGAUUUUUCACUGCCUGCUUCUGUCUCCUCUGUUUGUUUUUGCUCCACUUCACCCGUUAGCCUGCGCCAUGCUUCCUUCCUCGCAUACUGUCCAUGUUCACUCACGUCUGAUGUUCCUGGCAAUGCCCAACUUUCUAAGCAAUUAUUUAGCCAGUUCUAAGGUAGCAGCGCUGAAAUCCACUCCAAACGAACAUUUAUGUCCUCGUAUGGGUUGCAGUAAGUGUGACAGUAGUGGUUCAUUUGAGCAGGGUGACCUUUUCUCAGCUUUUGUUCUGUUGCUGCCCCCUUGUCACAGUUAAGUGAGCUCUUCUGCCUUUCAUAUGGUAGACCAUCACUGCUGUCACCUGCCACUUCGGUGCCUCAAUCAAUGCCUUAAUUCAUGCGUCACACAUUUGGAGCUUUAUCAGACACUUCCUCACAGAUCGACGUAAACCGGACUAAAACCGGACAAAUUUAACUCUGCACAUAAUAAUCAUUUCUGAUCAUGCACACACUAACAGAGCAGCAUUUAAAGAUAUGAAAGCAUGAAACUAUAACCUCAUGUAACCCUGAUCUAGUGGUUAGAAACAAAAAAGCUUGGUGUCAUUGUGAUCUUUGCACACAGAACACUUACACUUGUUUUCCAACAGAGUUUAAUCAACCAUGACCCGUAUUACAGUACUGUUAAUAUACUGUAGGUAUUAUAAAUAAAAAAGUACGAUGGUUACAGAAAGUUUUUGGGAUUAUUACAAUAUUGGGUGAGUAAAAUGAUGCAUUUUAAUUGAUUAGGUCAUAGAAAAUACAUGGAAUUAUUUAAAGAGACAAUGUGUCGUUUUUAUCAUUAAUGUGGAAAUAUCCAUCAAAAAUAUCGUUGAAAAUUAAUUGAAUGAAGCCCAGUUGUUAAAAUAUUGACGACUUUGUAACAUAUAAACAUAAAAAUCGGGUCUAAAAUACAUGGGAGAGUUUCUAAGUCUCUGGGCGACGUCGUAUUAGAUACCAUGUUUCCUCUACGGGAACCCGUGAGGACAAUAUUCAUUUACAGAUUUGUAACAAACGGUUACAAAACUUUCACCAUUCAUACCUUUUCACUCCUUGCCAGUGAUGAAAGGGAGUCUGAUGUGCUUGUCAUUUCGAUGGAGGUUGCACUCCCAGGAAUUUUUGACCCUAACGGCAGUCUGUAGAUAAGGUCUUACUCAAAACACAAAAGUACCGCUUGCUUGCAAUGAUUCAGGUAUAUACUGUCCCCUAUUGCCAGGGAAAAUACACGUCGCUUUAAAGACCAAGUUGACUGAAAACCUAUUUUUUACUUGUUAGGCAGGCUAAACGUAAAAAUAAUAGUCUACCCCUAUUUUCUGCGCCAAUUUAAAAUAGGCGGUGAAACUCUUUGAACAGAUCUACGUCACACAUAAUUAUCAUUCAUGGACUCACCCACCUUGGCUUGCGAUGGGGAAAACUGUUGUUGGUUUACCGUCCAGGAGAGAGAAGAACACGUCUCUGCUAGUAGAAGCUAACUCUAGAUCCUGUCGUCUUCUGCUUCUCUUUCCUCUGGCUACUUUCUAAAUCCUGAAACAGGAACACCAGAGUGUGUCUCCCCCCCACAGACAUCAACUCAAAGUCUGCUGAAAAUGUGUUGGAAAAAAAAAAGUGAACUUGCUCUUUAAAGCAAAAAUAAACAAUAACUAUGUUUUUUUAUCUUUGCAUCAAACAAGGGAUUUUAGCAUCUUGCUGGGCAAGCGACUGUUGGUGACAACUGCAAACAGCACAUGUGUGAGUUUCUAAAGAAGCUUCAAAAUGAUCACGAUUCUAAAUUUGCAGGUCUUUGGUAUGUCGCUGAAAUUUAUGAAUAUUUUUCAAAAAUGUUUCUUGAAAAAUUUACUCUAAGCAGCUGCAGAGUAACUAGGGGUGUCUGGAACCCGUCUGGAACUGUUCUCAAGUCAGUCUCUGUAAAAUAAAACAAAAGUAAGAGAAAACGGCUUUUAACUAAGUUUAGACUGUUUGGAGGCUUAAAAAUGUUAAAAUGGCUCAUAAUAUGAAGGCAAAUUACAAAAUUUCCAUGACAUUGCACAAACUUUGCGCAAAUUUCACAAUUUCUUUGCAGCUUUGACGAGCAAAACAAUCUUAAAUCAAAAUUUGUGCAUUUUCACACAAUUCUGUGUCUCCAACCCAUCGCCAGCGAGUUGGAGACACAGAUAACAGAUUACCUGUGGGAUAUCAGAUCACUUAGACCACUUAUCAGAUUUGAUCUUUUAAAUAACCUAAAACAUUUAUUUAAGCGUCCAAAUAGUGAAUUGGGUUUGAUCUGCCUGCACAUAAAUGACUAAUGCCAAAAACCAAAAAUAUAUAAUCAAGCAUCUUUAUUCACUAACAAUCCCAAAAACGUUCCUUCUGUUCCUCGGGUUCCAUUUCGGCAUAAAAACGAAGCACAGGGCCAACAAUAACUUUGUCAAGGUGCCAAAACCCCAUCGUCUCUUUCUCAACACACCCUCUGCAAACAUUUCUAUCUUUUAAAAGUCAACCCAAAGGAGGUUGAAGGAGGAUGCAAGUACAUCACAUCACAUUCACAACAACUAGCUGGAACAAAGCUGACCUUGGUGAAAAGUCAUGCUAUGCAAACUGAAAUUGUAACAGGAUGUUUCUAAAGGCUCCGGACUUUUUGAAAGCGAGCAUCGCAUUGGCGUCCUUACAUGAAGUAAAAAAUAAAUCUAUUUUUGUUGCAGUCAUCACAAAUGUCUAAUGGUGCUUCAGUCUCUAAGGAUCAGAAAGUGGAACAUUGCUUAUUAUCUGAGCUGUUUUUACAUUAGAAUAAAUCACUUUCAUUCAAACUGCUGCAAUCAGUGAAACAUGGCUUUUAAAAAAUUUCAUGGGUCAAUAACUGAACUUUGCUCUCCCGCCGAAGUGGAAGCAGGCUGUGUGCUCCUGGUGUCAGAGGGACAGGGUGAUGGUGCUGUCCGGCUUUCUUACACUGCUUUUUCUGUGCAGGUCAUGUCCCGAUGACAGCUCCUUAAAGAUCGUAUUUAUCCAGAAUCACAGUUCUGGACCAGAACAGAACCGAGCUGUCAGGUUCCACGUCUCUACAACUAAGACUUUUGUACGAGUCUCCGCUUUAGGCUCGGAAGCUCUGAUGGAAACCGGGCUUUGCUCCACAAGUCUCUGUAUAUUUCUUCGUGUCUGUAGUCAACAGUCAAGUAUUUAAAGUAUAUAAAUAUAUAUAUUUUCUUUGUAUGCAUAUAUUCAUUACUAUUUUUGCACUGACCUAAUGAGAGAUUUAUUUAUUUUUCCUUUUCCACAAAAAGGUGCUACUAUACUGGAGGCCUUCUCCCACACCUUUUGCAUGACUUGCUCAGAAUUCCUCAACUGGUCUAUCAUUUCUCCUCCUAUUCUCGAAUACUUAACGAACUGUUGCAACCUAAGCACUGUAAUUUUGUAAUCCUUACUUGUGAGCUUUGAAAUAAAGACGGAGGCUUUAA